AUGUACGACGCCGCGGCCGUCGACGCCGCGUGGCUCGAGCCCGCCUGGAGCGCGGGCGACCCGACGGCGGCCCUCGCGGCGCCGGGGCGCUGCCAGCUCGGCGACGACUGGACGCCCUGCGCGCUCCGGGACCGCGUCUGGGUCUCCGACGACACGAUGGUCGCGACCUUCGACCUGCCGGACGCGUCGGCGCCGCUCGGCCUGUCCACGUGCGCCUGCGUCCUCGCCCGGGGCGGCGCCGGCGACGACGGCGAGCCCGUCGUGCGGCCCUACACGCCCGUGUCGACGAACGCGCUCGUCGGCGCGUUCCAGGUCAUGGUCAAGGUCUACGAGCGCGGGACGCUGAGCCGGGCCCUCGCGGCGCUCGACGUCGGCGACGCGGUCGACUUCAAGCACAUCGCCUUCAACGUGAAGAUCCAGUUCCCCUUCGGCGCGAAGAAGGUCGGCAUGCUCGCGGGCGGCACGGGCAUCGCGCCCAUGCUCCAGGCGCUCCACGCGCUCCUGGGGUCGACGGACGACAACACGGAAGUCACGGUGCUCUACGGGUCGCGGUCGUCGCGGGACGUGCUCGCGGAGGCGACGCUCGACGACUGGUGCGCCAAGCACGCGCGGCUCAAGGUCGUCCACGUCCUCAGCGACGAGCCCGCGGGCUCGGCGUCGCCGCACGCGCGCGGGCGCAUCGACGCGGGCCUCGUGAAGGCCCACCUCCCGCCGCCGGGCGACGACGCGCUCCUCUUCGUCUGCGGGCCGCCGCCCAUGUACGACGCGCUCUGCGGGCCCCGCGGCGACGCCGACGCCGUGACGGGCGUCCUCGGGGACCUGGGCUACGCGCCGGCCCAGGUCGUCAAGUUUUAA